ACUUCGGUUUAGUAAGGUCUCGCACAGUGCGCGGUUUAGCUCGCGCGGCAGGUGCUACUCUCUCGCUUUUCCUACAAAAUUUAAUACAUAUUAUCAUUGCCAUUAUCUGUACGUAGAUAUCUCUCAAUUGCACUGGCCUAUCGUCGUUAUCGUCGAAACUGUGCGAGAUUGCAGCUCCAGGUCCUUCGUUAUAGCUCACUAGUUGUCACUCGUUUUGUGUUCCUUGAAUACACCGCGACGUUCUACAUUUAUUAUUUUUUUCUUAAAACUAUCCUUAUUCGUACAUAUACAGUAAAGUACGUGUUCAGAUAACGGACGGAUUAGUUAAGUUUUAAAUCAGUUAGUUUCCAAUCAUGAGCAGGUUUGUAAUAAGCGCCGUGGUCCUUUUUAUCGUAAGGAUCACAGAAUGUGCAUCGCUGGGAAGUGAAACGUCUGCUUUGUUUUAUCUGUCUCAAUAUGGAUACUUGGACCCUGGUGUGAGAAAUACCGGAAAUUCAAGCAACCUAAUUGAUGGACGGGUUAUUAAUAAAGCAAUAGCCGAAUUUCAAAGUUUCGCGGGGUUGGACGUAACAGGCGAACUAGAUGAAGAAACUGUGAAAACCAUGUCUCUUCCGAGGUGUGGAGUAAAAGACAAAGUCGGGACAGCAAGCGAUACCAGAUCAAAACGUUACGCUCUGCAAGGGAGUAGAUGGAAGGUAAAAAACCUUACUUACAAGAUCUCAAAAUAUCCUAAGAAACUAGUCAAGAAAGACGUCGAUGCCGAAAUCGCCAAAGCUUUUGCCGUAUGGUCGGAAUUCACCGAUUUAAAGUUUAAACCUUCUAAAGGACAAGUUCAUAUUGAGAUCAGCUUCGAAACUGGCGAACAUGGAGACGGAGAUCCAUUUGAUGGUCCCGGUGGAACCCUAGCUCACGCUUAUUUCCCCGUGUUUGGUGGAGACGCCCAUUUUGACAACCAAGAGCACUGGACCAUUUCGAGUUAUCGCGGAACAAAUUUGUUCCAAGUUGCUGCUCAUGAAUUCGGUCAUUCGCUGGGUCUAAGUCAUUCAGACGUUCGAUCAGCUUUGAUGGCACCAUUUUAUCGGGGAUAUGAUCCAGCAUUCUCUUUAGACAUCGACGACAUCGAAGGAAUACAGUCUUUGUACGGCGAAAAGACCGAUAAAACGGAUAACGACGACAGCGACGGAGGAGAAUCAGUAGGAAAACCCACGGCAAUGACGCCCACCGAAGACAAGGAACUUUGCAACGAUCCACGAAUCGACACGAUUUUUAAUUCCGCUGACGGAGAGACGUACGCAUUCAAGGGCGACAAAUACUGGAAGUUGACCAGGGAAGCCGUAGCUCCAGGAUAUCCCAAACUAAUAUCUGAAGGCUGGCCAGGACUACCAGGAGACAUAGACGCCGCAUUCACUUACAAAAAUGGCAAAACUUACUUCUUCAAGGGCAAACAGUACUGGCGGUAUAACGGCAAAAGGGUCGACGGGGAUUAUCCCAAGGAUAUUUCGGAAGGAUUCACCGGUAUCCCAGACGAUAUCGAUGCUGCAAUGGUGUGGAGCGGGAAUGGGAAAAUUUAUUUCUUUAAAGGUUCGAAAUUCUGGAGGUUUGACCCGUCCCAACGACCCCCUGUGAAGGGCACGUAUCCGAAACCGAUCUCAAACUGGGAAGGACUGCCCAACAACCUCGACGCCGCGUUCCAAUGGACCAACGGUUACACAUACUUCUACAAAGAUAACGCGUACUAUCGGUUCAAUGACAGGCAAUUCGCUGUUGAUUCUGCAAAUCCCGCGUUCCCCAGGUCAACAGCUUACUGGUGGUUCGGCUGCAAGAGUUCGCCGAGGGGCACUAUAGGUACCCGCUUUACGUCGAACGGAUGGCUACUUGCUGACGAGAGCGAUUUUAACGGAAUCCCACAAAUUGAUAGUAGUACGGGAGAUGAUAUUUUCGACACAGUUAUGCGUAGAUGGUUUUUUAAUAUACGGCACGGCAUUCCAGAGUCCAACCCCAAGCGCAAUGCCAGGUACUGAAGACGCCGAUUCAUCGAAAAAUGAACACCAAAAAAGCAAUCCAACAGGUGAAUCUUCGGAUGGGCCCUCGAACGAGCCACGGACGUCGCAAGGUAACGACGAUUCAGGUGUUGACCAUGUGACGUCAUCACUGAUAGUAAUAACAGUGGCGGCGCUAGCGGUCGCACACUUGGGUUCAUAGUUUCGUAUACGGAUACUUUAAGGCGCGUGUGUAAAACAUUAUACCUAGUAUUCUAUCCAAAGUAGUCGUUUUAUAAACGACGACAUCAUUUAAUUAAAUGGACAACUGACUGAUGAGAACUCAACUAAUAAAAUUAUUGAAGUGUGAUGUAUUAGAAAUAAGAGAAGAAUGUAAUGAUGAUACUACCUAUAGCUUUAAGUUUGUUAAA